GAGGCGCAUGAAUCGGAGAAUCCCUGGCACAUCCCGGAACCUCCACUCCGACAGGAGGGAAUGGUGUCCGAGCCGCCCUUCACCAGCCGACACCAGAAAGACGCAGCGCGGAAACGAGAGGCCAGAUAUCGUGGGGGCCUGGAUGAGUGCAGCAAUGCUGAGAAGCAAGUCAAGGCGCCCGGCUUGGAGUACGUGGAGGAACCAGAGGUGAAAACCCAGCGGCAACUCCAUCAACACAGGAAGGAUCAGAUCCUCAAAGGCCUGGCUGAAGGGGAGGCGAACUCUGACUUCGUCCCCAUCGAGGUGCGUCACACGCGAACCGAAUUGGAAGAGCAUGAGGUCCAAUGGUGGCAGAUCGACUGGCAGACGAUCAGAUGUCUUGAAAGUGAAUUUCUUCAGUUCUUGCAGUGGCGUGCACAGGCCAGUGCUGUUGAUCAAGGGCUCUAUCAGGGACAUCAAGAAGGUUCCAACCGAGCUCUUUGGCAAGCAGCGCGAGAAGAGCAUGAACGUACCACUGCAGGGCCACCUCCUGAGUGGGAUGGCGUCUCCACGGAAUUCCGUGACUACAAGCUCAAGGCGAAGAUCUGGUUGCGUACUACGCGGACUCCAGCACAUGCCAGAGGACCGCUCUUGUUGAAAAACUUGUCCAAAGGACCCUGGGAGGAUUUGAAGUUUUUAGCUAGUGAUGAAGACUGGUUAACUGAUCCCACCAAUGGAACCAAGUUGUUAGAACUUAUGGAUUCCAAAGAAUACUAUGGAGAAGAACAAAGGGAAUCAAUGUUGGCGGCAUGUUCUCGUUUGACCUUUCACCUGAAGCGCCAACGUGGUGAGUCAGCACGGCAGUUCAUGACACGAUGGGACACUGCUGAGCGGAAGGUUCGAGAGCACGAAGUUCGCCUUCCACAGGACUUUUUGGGCUUCCUGAUGGUGAAUGCGCUCCAGCUGGAUUCCGAACGGACCAAACUUCUCCUCAACUACACGAAGGGUUCUUUGAAGGUUUCUGAUGUUAAAGAGUGGCUCAGGAUUCAUGAGACAGAUCUAGAUCUCUCCACUUUGGGCAACGACAAGAAGAAGUCGACAGCCUACUUUUUGGACCAGGAGAAUGCCAAGGAGAUCCAGCUCAUGGACAUUCCUGAAUCCGACGAGGACAUGGAGACUGAAUCCUCUGAGUUGCUCCUCACUGCCCUUGCGGACUUGGAGGAUUCCGACAACCUUGCGGAGUCCAAUGCGGUGACCUUGUCUGAGGCGGAGACCAAGGAGAUUCUUCUCACCAUGGUCAAGGACCACAAGGCUAAGAGUCGUUCCUAUGCAGGAGCAAUGAAGGCCAAGAAGAACAGAGACCUCGCCAGAGGUUUUGGAGCUGGUCGGGAUGGUAUCUUACGACCUGGAACCUAUGAAGUUUCCAUCUCAGAAUUGAAAAAGAGGACAAAGUGCAAUGCAUGCGGCCAGACGGGCCAUUGGGCUCGUGAAUGCCCUAGCAAAGGCAAGAAGCCAUCAGAGAGCUCCCAUGCCAAAGGCGAUGCCAUGAAGCCCAAGACCAAGGAGCUGAACUUUUUGCAGAACUCUGCAGGUUUGUCUGCCGAGAGUGAGUUUUUCUAUUUGGAGUCGAUGGGCUCGACCGAGCCUACGAACGCUCAGUCCAACUGCGGCUGGGAUGCUCCAGGAUUUUGUGAUGAGCAAGAUGACUCAGCCAUUUCAGAGCUUCUAGCAGUUCGUGUGACAAGUCUCCAGCCCACGGAGCAGCCCCUCGUACCACCAAUUGCAAUGCACGGCGGUCGUUCCAAGAGGGGUCGGACCGAAGUGGGCAGCAAAUUCGUUCUGCAGUGUUGGAUUCGCCUGGUCCUCAAGACGAUGAUGAUCAUUCAGCGUGCCAUCGGGCACAAGGUGUACAUGCACUUCAAGAUGCCCGGACCACGUGGCCUUUUGCUACGCCAGAUGGAGGAGAUGGCUGGAUUGCUGGAGCCCGGGCAGAUGGAUCAACUGGUCCUUCAUAUCACCAUGAUGAGUUCAAAUCAAAUGUCCCGGAAGCCCUCUCCAGCCAGGUCUUCCACACCGUCGGGAUGGUCCAGGGUGACCGACUUCGAUCCACCGCCGAGGACCCCACUAAGGAGUUCAAGUAUGAAGAGUCAGGAGUUCCACACCGACUACCCGUUCACUCCGGACCGUCGUCCAGCAACUAUGUGGGAGAUCCCGCCGGAUCUACAUCUGACUCGGGAUGCUCCGAAGUGCACAUGCGGCCUUCCAUGCCUUCUCUGGGUAUCCAAGACCGAGAGGAAUCACGAUCGUCUCUUUUGGAGAUGCAGUCAACCCAGAGCCCAACAGUGUGCCUUUUUCAUGUGGCUGAACAACCAGAUCCUGAGGUCCCAAGAUGCGGCAGCUCCACCGGUGGCACAACACAUGGAACCCGAGGAGAUGAACUACUACAUGAAACGACAUCAGGAAGUUUGCCAACACAAGAGAUUGAGUCGAGCGGGUACCAAUGCCUUUCUCCUGAAGGAGACAUGCCGGGAUUGCGGCAAGGUGGUGACGGAGCAACCAAAACCACUCACUGCUCAGACCAAGAAAGAGGCCAGUCAACGGACCAGCAGCCCAUCUCGAUCUUCCACGACUUCAACGUCGUCAGUGGUGCCCAACAUGAUGCAGUACAUCCAGCCAGGCAGCUCGAGCAGCCGGCACCUGUCCCGGGAGGAGUAUCAGGACUUUCUCAACUGGAAGCGUCUGAGGGAGGUAGCCGAGAGCAGUUCAGCAAGUCCACCUCCGAACCAACAACAUCGGAGGUAA